AUGAACAUCUUCAUUCAUGCCGAGGGUCUUGGUGGCAUAGAAAAAGCAAAGAGGAGGUCGCUGAACUUGUGGAAAGAGUAUGUUUCUAAGCAUAGGUAUGGUCAUUCGGCCCAGAUAGAGCCAGAGCCAACAUCCUGUUCAAUGGAAUCCCAAGCUAUCAGAGAAAGUCUAUUUGGGAGAGCCGUAAGAUCCGAUCUUGAUUGCCGCCCUUUCGACCAGGCCAUCAUAUCCGGUUUUGAACUUUUUGUGACGGCUGGCCCAUUAUGUCAUGAAAUAAUGAGAGGUGUCGCUGUGAUCGUUGAGGAAUGGACUGUCGAUGAAGAUGAUGCUGCUGUAGCUGGACAACUGAUGACAGCAAUGCGAGCAACAUGUAAAGCCGGCGCGGAGAAGCUGGCGUUGCGACUCGUUGCUGCAAUGUAUAGGUGUGUCGCUUUGAAAACCUUUAAAAAUAUACUCGCAAAAAUGGCGUCUCAGAAAUUUUGCACUAAUUUUGGCUCAUCUAGUCGCGCAAAGUUUAGGUGCACUGUGACGACUGCAAGCCAAGCGCUUGGAAAAGUGCAUGCUGUACUCGCUCAGAGAAAGGCUAAGGUAAUUUUUCUCAAUCCACCUUAUUUAUUUCCUUUUUUACUUUCCUAGUU